AUGUCCACUGAGGCGCUUAAAGCGUUUGUUUUUAACGAAUCAGUACCGAUCAUGGACUCGUCGCCUCUUCCGGGAGGGGUUCCUGGAAGUGGAAUGAUCGUUCCUCCUGCGCUUGGAGGAGCCGCUGCUUCGCUGUUCAUGACUGGCGGUCGGAAUCGGGUCCCAGGAGCGGCUAUGAUGAGAUCCGUGGUGGCUCCUGAUACAGGCGUGAAGAAGCGGGAGGAGGUGUUUGUUGAUGUGAUCGAACGGCUGAGCGUGACUUUUAGCCCCAACGGAUACAUCCUGACCUGUGAGAUUGACGGAACCAUACAGAUGAAGAGUUACCUGACCGCCAAUCCUGAAGUUAGGAUAGCUCUUAACGAGGACCUCGUUAUAGGCCAGAGGAACGCUCCAGCGUCACUGCUGUAUGGAGGGGGAGGCGGGAUGGGGGAGGAUGGGAGCGGAGGAUUUGGAAUCGUCGUUCUAGAUGACUGCAACUUUCACGAGAGCGUUCGGCUGGAUACGUUUGACGUGGACCGGACAAUGACUCUCGUGCCACCAGAUGGGGAGUUCUCUGUCAUAAAUUACCGCAUGACACACGAGUUCAAGCCUCCGUUUCGGGUCUAUCCGGUUUUGGAGGAGAUUACCCCUUUCAAGGUAGAGCUGUUCAUAAAGUUAAAGGCAGAGUUCCCUGCCACGGCGACUGCCAACUCCAUUGUUGUCCGUGUGCCGCUACCCAAGAGUGUGAUUAAAGUGAGCUGUUAUUUGGACCCUGGAGCCGUGGGACAGUCAACCGAUUUCAAGGAUGCGUCCAAGAUUCUGGAGUGGACUAUAAAGAAGAUGCCUGGUGGUUAUGGCGAUGUUCAUCCUGUCAAUCCUCGAGAGAUGAUUUUCACCAUUGCCUUCGUGGUCUGGGACAUGUUGUUCACGGCAUACCUUAUUGCCAACUUCACAGCUCUGGUUGUCAGAUACCAGUCAAGAUCAGAAAUCUUGCGUGAACGACUAUCAAAUGUUACGAGAUAUGCCAACAGAAAGCAGAUUCCUGCUGGAAUGAAGGAGCAGUUGCUAUCUCACGUUGUGCUGAAGCAAGAGGCGUUGGAGGAGGACAACAAGCUGGUCAACGAGUUUCCCAUCUCCAUCCGUGAUGGGGUUGCAAUGUCCCUGCAUGGGAAGGUGCUCGCAGAUUCAUAUCUGUUUCAGGGCUGCUCAAAGGCGUUCAUUCAGUUCCUGGUUUCACGACUGCGAGUGGAGUAUUUUCUUCCUGGGGAGGUGGUGGUGAGUCGGCAUGACAACAACCAUCAGCUCUAUCUGCUCGUGCAAGGAGAAGUGGAAGAAGUCCAUUUCAGCAGGAAUGGAGCUCGAGUGGCCACAGUGUGGAGUCCAGGGGAGAUGUUUGGGGAGGCGGGGUUGCUCGCCAGCAAGUUCUCUCCCUUCACUGCACACGUCAAGUCGUUCUGCAAGUUGCUGAGGAUCGACGGGCAGGUCUUUUCUGAGGCCAUUGCGUUUCAUCAGGAGGAUGGAGAGAGGAUUAUCAGCAAUUAUUUGCAGAAAUUCGGGCAAUCAGAAUCUGAGCCGCUAGACUUUGGUCAGCCCAGGGCUCAUCGACUUACAGACACAGCAGAGGAAGUACGACGGGCAGUGACACAGCGGCAGGCACAGCAGACGCUGAGCGCCAUACAGCAUGCAGCACGGGGGGACCUGGAUCACCUCAAGAUGUUGCGAAAGCUUGGAGCAGACUUUUCUAAAGGGGACUUUGACGGCCGGACUGCACUGCACCUGGCCGCUUCCAGGGGUUUCCCGGACAUCUGCAGUUUCAUUCUGAGAGUGGGAGGUGCUGCCAACAGGAAAGACCGGUUUGGUGUGACGCCUCUACUGGAAGCCCUGCGAGCAGGCCACAUGCAGACAGCCGAGGUGCUUCGAGAGCACGGCGCCCAGAUUCUCCUGGACGACCCGGCAAGCGAGCUGUGCCAUGCAGUGAAGCGCGGUAUGGUGGAGUACCUGGAGCGCCUCCUCUCCUUCGGCCUGGACCCCAACGAGGCGGAUCACGACCUUCGCACGCCCCUGCACGUGGCAGCAGCAGAGGGCUCCGUUGUGCUCGUGCGGCUGCUGCUGGAGCACGGGGCGGAUGCGUGGGCACGGGACCGGCUGGGCCACCUUCCGGUGGAUGAGGCGUGCCGGAAUGGAGCGAGGCCGGUGAUUGCGCUGCUCAAGGAUGGCAUGCGCGUGAAGCUGCCACCGCUGGCGAGUCGGCCACCAGCUGGACGGGCCUCUCUCACUCGAGGAGUCUCGCAGCGCCGUCGCCACACCCACCACCAGCCCUCAUCUUCCAACACAGGCGCCCCCGCCGCUACUGCCACCACUGGCUCUACCACCACUGGCACGACUAAGACUACCACCAGCAACACUGCCACCAGCAACACAGCCAGCACUCCCCGCCACUCCCAGCCCAGCAGGCGGCGCUCCCACAGCGUCGACACCACCUGGUCCGACCAGAUCGAAUCCGUCCCUGAAGGCAGCAGCUCGGGAGCCGCAUCCCCCUCCACCUGCCUGCCUUCCGACCCCCUCCUCCAGCAGCGUGUCAUGCACCUGCGGCGCCGGCCCACCAGCUCCGUGCACAUCCCCAGUGACCUCCUGGCCGACCUCCUCCCUGGCCCAGUCAUUGACGAGUACAGCUCAGAGCACCAGACGGCUUCGCACCAGCCGCUCUUCACCCCUCCUGCGUCGCCCCUCAUGCAUUCGCUUCCUCCGAAGCUCCAUGCUGCUGCUUCCUUGAGCCCGGCGACCUCGUAUGAUGGCUCUGAGUUGCAGCCUCGCGCGUCCUCAGCUACCUUCUUACUCUCUGAGCCGUAUCCCCCUUCCAUUCCAGAUCCACACGCCACACAUGCCGAACACACCGCGCACACUGCACCAUACCGCUCUGCCUCCGCUGCUCUCCCCCCUGUUCCACCUGCCCCUGGCAUAGUCCCUGCUCCCCACGCACAACGGCGGCCCACCCCCCUCACCAUCAACCCUCUAGACAGAAGCUUCAGCCGCUCCUCCACAGCCCCGGAUUCAUCUCUAGACGAAGUCCGCACCCAACUGAUACCGGCCUCACCAGAACCCUCCACUCACUAUGCGACCAGCCAGCCCCUGUCAGGACCUUUGGGGAGAGUGGGAGAGCCUAUCACUCCCUACCCUCACCGCAACUACGUUCCUGCAGGGUCGUUCUCAGGGUCGUUCAGGGCGUUGCCUCCGCCCCCCACCCCAUCUGUGGCUGUGGCCAAUCGCCGUGUGACAGUCUUCCCAUGCCGACCAUGGGACACUGGCCAAUCUGGCAAAUCACCUGAGGAUUCUUCUGGGGAAGUUGAACCUAGUGAGGGAGCUCAUGGUAGGCAACCACGUGAAUGUUCGAUUGAUCAGGCAGUGCAUUCAGCAGGGGAAUCUGCAUCGCCUGAACCUGGGAGGGAAGGAGGUGCUGGGAGCAGGGCUGGGGAAGAUAAACCAUCCAUGGGACGACCAUAUGGGAAGGUGGUGUUGGUACCUCUCUUUAUGGUCACCCUGAUAGAGCAGCUGAGCACGCUGUUUGGAUUCUCUGUGAGAAUCCUGGUGAAUAAAGAUGGUGGGGAGAUCACUGACACAGAUACGAUUCGGGAUGGCGAUGUCAUCUUCGCUCCACCAUCCGAACCUGCUCUAUCUGAUCCCCUUGCGUGCCAAUCCUGCAGAUGUCGAAAAGUACCAGCACCAGGUGAUUCCAAUCGAUAG